AUGUCAGACAUGGACGCGGCCCUUCAUGCAGCGCGAGAUAGGCAGUUGAACGGUGACACAUCAGCAAGCACCACGAAGCUUAACCCCACCCCAGACUCUGGAUCCCGGUACGAUAAGCCUAUCGUCGCCGCGCAACAGGAUGGCCUACCAAUAAUCGACAUCUCAGCUUUCCUAAAUCCUUCAUCCCCGAAGGAUGCGCGAUCUACGACUGCUAAAGCCAUUAGCGCCGCUUGCGUAAACUACGGCUUCUUCUAUCUUACAGGACACGGCAUACCAACUACAAAGCUAGAUGAAAUCAUCAGCCUUGCACGCGACUUCUUCGCCUUACCACUAGAAGAGAAAAACAAAAUCAAACGCUUUGAUGCCGGGAGUCCGGAAGGAGGCGAUGGCGCACGGGGUUACCAGGGGCUCGGCGAAAACGUGACAGGCGGCCUACAAGACAUGCAAGAAGCCAUCGACUGGUACCGCGACUGGCCAGCAGAGAAGCGAGAGCCAGGAGAUGGAGGCCCAGGUAGCGUGAAGAGUCUCCAGGGCACCAAUCUAUGGCCUGAGCAACCGAAAGAGCUCAAGCCUGUAUACACAGACUACAUUGAGCAAGUCAAGAAAGUCGGCGAAGCCCUUGUCCACGCCAUGGGCGUAGCCCUAGACCUUGGGUCACCUACAACAAACCCGACGCAAAGCACAGAAGACGAAGAAGUUUUUGUGCGAAACUGCGACGAGUCCUUCUGGGUAAUGCGCAUGAUCGGUUAUCCUCCCCUGACGACCCCUCAUACGCCUGGUAACGACAUCGAACAAUUUUCCUGCGGCGCACACACAGACUACGGCUGCGUAACUCUCCUCCUCACGGAUCCUACGCCCGGCGCUCUCCAAGUCCAACUCAAAGACGGGACUUGGCUCAAUGCCGAUCCCAUACCAGGAGCCUUUGUGGUGAACAUUGGGGAUAUGAUUGAGCGGUGGACGAACGGACUUUGGAAGAGUACGAUGCACAGGGUCAUUCAUAGGGGGCAGCAGUACAGGAUUAGUGUGCCGUUCUUCUAUGAGCCGAAUUUCGAUGCUGUGCGUGCUACUUAUUGCUUUCUUAUCCAACCCUCUGCCCGUAUCUACACCCACAUACCACACAAACAUACAAUUGCCUCUACAAUGUCUUCCGCAAGCACACACCCCGUACGCAGGCUAUCUCUGUACUGUCCCGAUCUUAACAAGAGUUGGUACAAUUUCCUCAUCACCCCUUCGAUGACCUGGGAAGACAUGAUCGUAUCUAUCCAAGCUGCAUUCCAAUAUCAUGACCCAGUCUGGCCCCUCGACAUCAAUGGCGAACCCUUCUCCAAAACCGCUGGUGUCUUCAAUAUCUCCAGCAUCCAGAAUGGCGAAGAGCUUCUCAUCCAGCUGAGAGAGGGUUUUCGCAUGGUUGGGCCACUGGAUUUGGAGGUUGUUCUGUACCUCGAGGAGAGUGACCCCGGUGCACUUGAGACCAACUUCCUCUUCAACGCCAUAAAAGCACGCAUCGAAGCCGGUGGGUCAUCCGAGUCCAAGGAUAUACAGGUACAGGAUGUGCUGGACGCUAUCCAAACCCUAUACGAGGCCGCCGAUGCGAUCGACUCCACUUGGGACGGAACCAAGGGUGACAAGGCCAUCGGCAAGCGAACCAACCGUAAAGAAGAGUACACAGCCCGUAAGAAAGGCGAGGCAGCGGCUGUGCGCUACAACGAUGACGCUGAGUAUAUGGGUGAAGAUGCUGCCGAGGCAGCUUAUCCAGGCAGGGGCAAGGGCCAGGCUGUUGGCAUGCUCACAGGACGCCUUGAGAAGACCAUGCUCCCGGACAACUUCAUGAGCGACGAUUAUGACGAAGAUGACUCUGAUUAUGUGGAUAGAAAACCGGAAGAACCAGUAGCGUACGAAUCUGCAUUUCUCUAUUUUCAUAUCUUUCGAAUCCUUCGCUUCCUCCUACCCUUAACCCAGACCUUUGUCAAAAUGAGGUUUUGCUUCCGACUACCGCCCAUGAAGGCUUUCCUACAUACCUACAGGUACACGAGGAAGAAAGCCUCAAGGACCUCCAGAAAAGCCCGGCAAACAGCCCUUGAUGGGCAGGCCUGUGAGCCGACUCGGACAUCCCCCUUCCUUCUCUUGCCAAGGGAACUUCGCGACUACAUCUACGACUAUGCAUUCGGCUCAGAGGUUAUCGUCUUUGCACCUCCUGGUUCAAUUAUUGAGGCAUGGCCCAAAGGUCGAAAGUCCGAGAACGGUGGUCCUGUCGAAGAUAUCGCCAUCCACUACCCGAACACCCUACCAGCUUAUAUCAGAGGCCUUCCACUUUGGCUUCUGACUAACAAGCAAAUCUGUUCGGAAGCGCUCUCGUAUUUUGGCACCGUGCGGACCUUCGCUUCAUUCGAUUAUAGUCAAAUUGCCCGAUACCCAAACGACUUCUUCCCUCUCGUGACGAAGUUCAACAGUCAGUCCCCCCUCGUCUUCAAUAACGACGUGAUUCGUAACGUCACUAUUCACACGGAGAAACUCCUCAGUUUUUGGCCAGAAAUAGUCUUUCUAAGAUUCAUCAAUUGCAUGGACAUCAAGAGUUUGGACUUGGAAUUGGGAUUGGAAUGCUCGAGUGGGCAAUAUGCAUAUUUGAAAAAUUGGAAAAAAGACUUUGACGCUUGGAUCACCACAAGUUGGAAUACUGAAAAACGGAGCGGCAGGUUUCGAAAGGUUAAGAUUACCAUUCUCACGAACUGUGAUGGUGACGAAUCGGUUGUCGAUACAGCCAGGUUCGACCAGGUGGAAGCUUUAGCUCGGAGGCUCGUGGGAGAUGUGAGAACUGUGGUCUGGGGUCCUUUCGUCUUUGACUACAUGGAUCGUGGAAACAAGACCUACAAGAGGAGCAUUGUAGUCGACAGGAAGGAUUAG